AUGGCAUUGGCGCAUAGGACCAGCACAGACGAUGUAGAAGACUUUUUGAUGUCCCGUUUUGUGAAGCGUCACCGAAGAUCGUUAGGACCGCCUUAUGGCUCUCGAAUGCUAUUCCUUAUUGACGAUCUCGCAUCUCCCGUGCCGGAUACAUAUGGGGCGCAGAGGCCCCACCAGUUACUCAGGCAGAUCGUCGAGUAUGGAGGCUUUUUCGAACGUAAUCGCUUCCAGUUUAUUCACGUAGAAGACACAAGCACCGUUCUUGCCGGUGCAACGGACGUAGCGGGGACGAAGACAGACAUGCGGCUUCUCCGGCAUUUUAACGUUCUGUUCCAAGACGACUUUUCCUCAGAAGAUACGAAGAACAUUUUCACGCAGAUCCUGAGAGGAGCAUGGGCAAGAAGUUUGCCGGCGCUUUAUAGUUGCGCUGAAGAUAUGAUUGAAGCGACUGUUGCUGCUUAUGAGCGGAUUACUGCACAUUUGCUCCCGACGCCUCUCAAAUGCCACUACACGUUUACCAUACGAGAUAUUUCAAGAGCGCUGGAAGUCAUGCUCAUGGCAGAUACUAGUAAACUUAAAACCAAAACGGAUAUUGCCAGAUUCCUCUUCCGCGAUGCUGGACAGUCACGUCAAUCUGCUUACAAAGAGAGCAGUACGAACCAGCAUGCCUCCACGUACGAAGGUUUUGGACCACCGCGUCCCAUUUCACGAGAAUUAUGUCCCAACAGGUACCUGGAGCAAUAUAACGCUGACGCAAAGACACCCAUUGACCUGGUAUUCUUCGAACAUGCAAACAAACAUAUUGCUCGGCUUUGUCGAAUACUCCGGGUGCCAGGGGGGCAUGCACUGCUACUCGGCACAAACGGAUCAGGCCGCGAAAGUUUGUCUCGCCUUGCUGCUUCAAUUAUGGAGUACAGCACUAUUACGAUUUCAACCAGGUCGCGAUGUCCACCGCAGCACGAUAAUCAUUAUUUAGCUUCCGUGCAAACUUCAGGAGAAAUCCUCGGGCAGUUUGACCAAUCCGACCGAGAAAAACUCUCUUUUCAAGUGAGGUCCCUUGAGAAGCCGGAGCCCACCAAUCCAUCCGAUGGUUGGGAGGCAGUGAUUUCAUUAGUACAACGGAAACUUCACUUCGUAAUAAGCAUGUCCGCUUCCGGCGAAGCUUUUAGAGCAAGAUGCCGUCGCCUGCCUGGUUUGUUGAGUGGCUUUACUUUAUAUGAGAUAUUUGCAUUAAUCUGGAAGCUUAUUGAGACUGCAGAAGACUCACCUUGUGGUGCUUUAAGCGCAUCAGCGGAGAUGUACUCGCUGGCUGAACGAGUAACGGAAAAGUUUAUCGCUGUUACUGGAGAGCCUAUACACUUGACGUGCACGUCGUACGUGGAGGUUGUUCGAACGUACCUGUCACUUUUCGCACAGAAGAAGCACAGCCUAGUUGAGAAUAUGAAGGGGAAGCUGCUGGCAGACCAGCCGCUGCUCGAAAAGUCCAGGGAAGAAGCAAAGACUGUUGCCAUUUCAUUGGCAGAAGAUAAGGAGAAAGCAGCACUAAUGGAACAGAGCUGCUCAAUUGAGAAAGCUGCAGCCGAUGCAGCACGUGUGGAAGCUCAGUCCAUACGUGAUGAUUGCCAGCGGGAUAUAGAUGAAGUAAUGCCUCUACUGCACCAAGCAAUCAGGGCCCUUGAAGCCCUAGACAAGCGGGAUUUGCAGGAAUUAAAGUCAUUCCCUGCUCCACCUGCACUCGUUGAAACUGUCAUGAAUGCGGUUUGUGUCCUUCUGGGGCGUAAGGAGUCGUGGGAAGAGGCUAAGAAGGUUCUCAAUGACACUUCACUGUUGACCACUUUGCGCGAGUACGACAAGGAUCACAUUUCGCCAAAGAUGUUACAGCAGCUUAGCAAAUAUACAGCUCUUGAGGACUUCCUCCCCGAGAGGGUCGCGAAUGUGUCCAAGGCCGCAACCUCCCUGUGUAUGUGGGUGCGAGCCAUCGAAAGCUAUGCACAAGUGCUCAAGGUCAUGGAGCCUAAGCAAAAGAGACUAAUGGAGGCCGAAGGGGUUCUACUGAAGGCGGAGGACAAUCUGGCCGAAAAGCAGAGAUGUCUGGAUGAUGUCCAAGCACGGGUUCAGUCGCUGACAGACCAGUAUAAUGCUUGCCAAGAGAGAGUCAAAGACUUGGAAAACCAAAUGCAGAUCACAGAACAGCGUCUUUGUAGGGCUGGAAAAGUCUUAUCGGGAGUAUCUGUGGAAGGAGCUAGAUGGACAGUCGAUGCAAAAGCCAUACAAGACGACAUGUCCAACCUUUUGAGUGACGUGCUAGUGGCAGCAGGUAUGCUUGUUUAUGCUGGGCCAUUUACCCACGAGUAUCGAGAAGAGCUCGGUCGGCUGUGGCUGGGCGCUUGCGUCGAAGAGGGAUUGAACGUCCGAGGGGAUUUUUCCUUGGCUCGAACUUUGUCAACGCCUUCGGAGAUUAGGCAGUGGUCUCUCGAAGGUUUGCCAUCAGACGUAGCUUCAGUUGAAAAUGCUAUUUUGGUCUGCAACUGUCCUAAACCUCCCCUAAUUAUUGACCCAGAAGACCAGGGUACUCGGUGGUUCAGAAAACGCAAUUUCAAAAGGGAAUUCUUGGAAGUUGCAUCCAGCGACACAGAUGUGUUGCAAUCUCUCUCUGAAGCAGUUACAGCUGGGAUGAUUGUUCUUGUCACUCUUUCUGAGCCGGCGCUAGACCCUGCACUAGGAGCCUUGACAAAUACGGUGAAGAUCAAGCCAGAAGGACGGACAGUUGUUCACCUCGGCGACCACACGGCCCUCUGGAGCCCACAUUUCAGAAUGGUCUUAGCGACAAAACUGUACCCUUCGGAACUAGCCCCCGAGCUACACAAUCAAUUAAGCAUCAUCAAUUUCCGGGUUACACCGGCAAGCCUGGAGGAGCAACUCCUAAACCAAAUCAUUUUGCACGAAGCGCCAUAUCUGGAAGAGCAACGUGGAGUGCUGGUAGUGAACAUUGCAAAGGACCUGGAACUUAAGGCUGCAAUCCAGGAAAGAAUUCUCUCGCUCUUGGCAAACGCUGAAGGUGAUAUACUGGCUGACGACACCUUCUUGGAUAUUUUGAAUGACUCACGCUUGACAUAUGAGGCGAUUGAAAGACGCAUGGAAGAAGCUUCUGCCACCUCUGAUAAGCUAGAGGAAACCCGGAAGCUCUACAAGUCCCUUUCCCACCGCGGUUCUAUGCUUUACCUUGCUUUGCGAAAUAUGUCCCACCUCCAUCCCUUCUACAUAUGGUCCCUUGAGACAUUCAAAGCAAGGCUUCAAUGGACCUUGCUGAGCUGCCAAGAUACUGGCGGAAGCCGCGGGGAAACAUUGAAAGACUCUCUCACUUGGGAGGUAUACUGCAACACAUGCAGGGGACUCCUAGAGCCACAUAGGCUGGUCCUCGCAUUUAUGAUCGCCAAGUCUCUUGAUUCUGAGGCGGGCAACGUUCCGCACAAAAUGAUUGAGUUCCUUUUGAGAGGUGCAACCCAAGAAAAUCCAGAUCCGGUUAAUAUUUCUCAGCCGUCUUGGACAAGCCCAGAGAAUUGGAGCAAUAUUUUGUUUUUAGAUGCGAGUGUUGGGGGUUGCUUCCGUGGAUUUGCCGAAGCAGUGGCCAAUGAGGACGGUGAAUGGAGAACCAUGAUCGAAAGCGAGAUGGAGUUUCCGCUGAAACUGCCCCAAAUUGGCGGGGAAGAUCUAGGAGAUUUUGCUACUCUAGUUGCUGUAAAGGCCAUAAGAGGAAGCGAGCUGCAUUCUCGCUGCCGAGCAUACGUGCAAAGCAUAUUGGGAACACGCUACACAUGCCCACCCCAACUAGAAAUAUCAAAAGCAUUGGACGAGUCUACGCCAUUGACUCCCCUAAUCUUCAUCCUAUCUCCUGGAAGUGACCCAAUCGGAUCAAUAAAGGUUCUAGCCGCUCGUGCGUCUUUGCCUGAGGACCACCUGCAUUUUCUCUCCCUCGGCCAGGGCCAGAUUAAGGCGGCGGAAAAAGUAUUGCAUGAAGCCAGGGAGAAGGGCUAUUGGGUUUGCCUGCAAAACUGCCAUCUGGCUGAGACAUUCAUGCCUUUUCUCCAACAGUUGUAUGAGCGCUUCCAGCAGGAGACAGUGCACCCACGCUUCCGCCUAUUCUUGACGUCACAGCCUACCAAUAUUCUUCCAACCAGCUUGCUCAAGCAAAGCAUCAAAAUUAUCACUGAGCCUCCGACUGUUUCCCAACAAAGCCUAUUCGAGGCUGCAUCUGCUGAUGAAGAAAUGAUGUCGUGGGACAGAAUUGUUUUUUUGACAGCUGAUAUCCACUACGGAGGCCGUGUGACGGAUCAAAUGGACCAAAGGCUGCUCACUUCACUAUUAAAACGCUGUUUUGCUGCUACCGAGCUUGAAUCGCAGGUAGCAGACCCAGUGUUGAGAGGAUAUGUCCUUCCGUCGGACUACUGCUACGAAGAUAUAAUGGAGUUCGCCAUGUGUUUGCCGGUUGAUACGGCUCCAGAGAUUCUGGGCCUUGACUCUGGAGCUGCAGUGGUGUACAAGGAGAUGCAAAGUAGCCGGCUCCUAGACUCCCUUGUAAGCGCCCACAGGGAAAUGCAAACGCACGCAGGAGGGAAUAGGGAUGAAAGCCUUCUUAGCAUGGUUACAGAUGUGCUAACCAAAGUGCCUGAGGAUAUCUCUAAGGAAAAUGCCAGCAAGGAGGUGUUUCAACUCCACCAAAACUCACAAACAGGGCUCUGUGAGCUGACUCCGCUAAGUAACUUCCUCAAAGGAGAGCUUUGCAGUUACAAUGCGCUCCUCGCAUUUAUCCGAAUGUCUCUGACCCACCUCCUCGAGGCACUGCGGGGCUGGUGUAUAAUGACUGAGGAUUUGGAUAGCCUAAGCAAGGACUUAUACUUCCAGAAGGUGCCUACAGCAUGGAUUAGUGCAUCAUAUCCUUCAAAGCUGAGCCUUGGUGCAUGGCUUCAUGAUCUUAGGACGCGCGUCAGUAGCACGAAGCAGUGGGCACAAAAUGGCCCACCUAGUGUCUUCAAUAUAGCAACAUUCUACAAUCCGCAAAGCUUUUUCAGGGCGGCGCUGCGUGUCGUCGCCCGGGCUUUGAAGGUACAACAUAGAGAAACAUGA